AACAACCUUUAUAACCGCCUCGAUGAUGACCAACGUCGUCAGCAUCGGCGAUGAUGAAUCUAUCGAAUCGUUUUGGCUCCAAGUCCAAGUCGGAGAGAACCAACGAUUCUUCUUCCUCCGACGAGAAUCGUUCUUCCCCCGUCGCCGCCGCAACUCCCGUCGCAAUGCCACCGUGCUCCGUCGCCAAUAGUACCCGAACCAUUCUUUUGCUUCUCGUCGUGUUCUCUGGCUUAGUCGUCUACAGAAACUCUGGUUCACUCAACAUCGUCCAUGGCUCUUCCUCCUCGGCCAUCUCUCGCACUUUUCCUUCUUUCAAUGAUUCUUCCCCGGCUCCGGCUCCGGAAGAAGUUGAGGAACCUAAGCUACAAGAUGUGCUGCGUAGAGCUGCAACUAAGGAUGGUACUGUGAUUUUGACAACUCUGAAUGAAGCUUGGGCAGCUCCAGGAUCCGUGAUCGAUCUCUUCUUUGAGAGUUUCAGAAUUGGUCAAGGAACAAGGAAGCUUUUGAAACACUUGGUGAUCAUUGCUUUGGAUGCUAAAGCCUAUUCACGUUGCAAAGAAAUGCAUAAGCAUUGUUUCAGACUUGAAACAGAAGGUAUUGAUUUCUCUGGCGGCGAGGCUUAUUUCAUGACUCCUUCUUACUUGAAAAUGAUGUGGAGAAGAAUCGAGUUCCUUCGGACUGUUCUUGAGAUGGGUUACAACUUUGUUUUCACGGAUGCUGAUGUGAUGUGGUUCAGGAACCCUUUUCCGCGGUUUUACAAAGAUGGUGAUUUCCAGAUUGCUUGUGACCAUUACAUAGGAAGGCCAGACGAUCUGAGGAACAGACCAAAUGGGGGAUUUAACUUUGUGAGAUCAAAUAACCGAACUAUACGUUUCUACAAGUUCUGGUAUGAUUCACGGAUCAAGUACCCCAAAAAUCACGACCAGGAUGUUUUGAACUUCAUCAAGGCAGAUCCUUUCAUGUGGAGAAUUGGGGUUAGGAUUAAGUUCUUGAACACAGCUUAUUUUGGUGGAUUCUGUGAACCAAGCAAAGAUUUGAACCUUGUUUGUACAAUGCAUGCGAAUUGCUGCUUCGGCUUGGAGAGUAAGCUUCAUGAUCUUAGAAUCAUGCUUCAGGACUGGAGAGAUUUCGUGUCUUUACCAGUUCAUCGUAACCAUUUCUCUGGUUUCACCUGGAACGUCCCACAGAAUUGCAGUCUUGAUUCACUUCGGCAAUUUGAUUCUAAGGAUGGGAAGAGCAAACCACCAAAAGAAUCUCACCUGUGAAGUGUGUGUGUUACAAAAUGUAAAUAGAGAAACUCUGUUUUGAGAUAUAUUUUCAUAGGAAGAAAUAGAAAUAUAGAAAGAUUGUAAAGUCAUAUCAAUCAUUCUUAAAGAGAAAAUAUAUACAUAACACGAACGACGAUGAAUGGCUUAUCCUUCAUCAUUGUACCAAA